UAUAGUUUCCUGUUCAAGGAACAAGCCACACACAAACCCUGCCGGCAUCAUGGCAAGAUGCAGCGCUGUUUCAUGGAUACAACUCAUCUGCUUUUCCAGCGUGCUAUGCAAAGGAGUUUUGUCCUUGGAUCAUGUGCCAAUGCUGCUCUGGUCGACACACAGAUCCUUCCAAGGCUUGGCAACCACUUUACAUGAAGGGCAUGUUAUCUCAAAGCAUGAGCUGCAUCCAUUGCUGAAGCAAGCUCUGGCUUCUCCUGAUCCCAGAAACGUCGCCUUGUUUCUUCAAGAUGCGCUUAGUGUGGAUGACUUCACACGUUACGCCGGCUCCUCUGGAAAUGAGACACCGUUUCGCAAUGUUCAGGAACUUAUGAAGACUUCAUCAUCUUCCUUAGUCUUGCCUGCUGUGGACUGCCAUGCCGUGAAUCACCUUUCAGGGUACCUCCAAGAAACGCUGAACUGGGCCUUGGUAAACGUAGACGGCAAAGAUACAUCACAGCUGAUGGCGAAUGGAUCCAAACCCAAUGUGUUUGUGAUAAAGCUACCACUGACCAGCAGGACGAAUGACCUAUCCACUCGAAAGGAGCUCCUGGAAAAUGACAAAAUAAUUGGAGAGUUUACUAAGUCUUUGCAGCAACAAGGAAUUGAGUUUGUGGCCAUUUAUACAGCAAGGCGACCUUCAAAGGUACCAGUGGGACCUGAUGUCGCAUGGAAGAGCAGAAGGCACCUAAUGUCUGUCGAAAGCCAAGAAGCUAAUCUGUAUGCCCCAAUAAAUGUAACCAAUGGAACAGGCCCCAAUGCCACGUGCAUCCUUUUUUACGCCACAGAUUUAAACGUUACAGUCGAUGGCACUGUCAUGAAUCUAACACAUCGCACAUUUGAAUCUCACGAAGUGGAUACCAGCAAUUCCAGUUGUUCGGGGACGAAUACCACGUUGUCGUUAAAAUACACCAACCCAGCGAAGGGCAUUGAGAGUCUGGAAAUCAGUUUUUUGAUGAGCAACAAGUACUACGUAGGCUCUGCUCGAGAGUGGUUCACUUUAGAUUUUGUUCACAUUAAACAAGACAACAAGGAAACGGCUAUAUUUACUGCCCCCUCCAUCUCUGGCCCUGCGGAGUAUUCAUUCCAUUGCCAGCUGGUGGGAACAAGCAACCAUUAUGGGGCAACGUUGACUCCCUACAAUAGUGCAGCGAAAGUGUGGCAGGUUGUCAUCUCUGAGUUCCAGAUCCAAGCGUUUAACGUUGAAGGCCGCAAAUUUUCCUACGCCAGUGACUGCACAACUUUCUUCACCCCUGGAAUUUGGAUGGCUUUGGUGACCUCGCUAGUCUUAUUACUGAUCCUGACCUUUGGGAUCCACAUGAUUGUGAACCUCACAACCAACAAUAGGUUUGAUGACCCCAAAGAUCAACCUCUGACAGUCCCACAAGGAGAAUAGCAGCCGAGAAAGAUGUGACAUUUGUCACAUGGUUGGGCCCUGCUACGCAAGAU